AAAAAACCUCAAACCCAAGUGAAAUAGCCCUGAGUGACUCAACCCCAUCGGACGGAUUCUCAAUAAAACACUGACAUUACCCCACAAUCUCGCGAGUUCCACGGAUUUCGGUGCCAAAUGGACCAGAAUUUGCCGCGAUGUCAGCUGUAACAUCCGAGGGUCAGUCGACGGUCUCCACGUUCCACCUGCGAUGAUGUAUUGAUGCAAUAUUCACCGCAGAAGACACAGAAUUAUUUCAACUAGAAAAAUAGGGGAAAAAACCACGAGUGAAGUUGGAAUCAUGAAUUAUCCCUAGCAUAAAUUUUGGAGGGAUGAAAUGAGCGUUAUGACAAGACGGAAUUGGGCCUUGAGGCUCUCGAUAAUCCUCAAUGUCUGUGUUUUAUUGUAUGUCUGCGUGCAUUUUGGUUCCUGGCAGGAGGAUGGAACCAACUGGGACACAGCUGCUGCCGUUCCACUGGUCCAGGAUAAUAUAUUGGGGAGUGAGAGUAUUCAGAUAAAUUCCAGUCUCAAAACAGCUCAAGAGGCAAGAGCCACCAAAGUCACCGGGUCGGAGGAGAAAAAACAUGUCGAUACUUCAACAACUGGAUCUGCUGGUGGUACAAAAGGGGUCGAUGCUACGAAAUUUGUCGGGAAGGAUGAGCAUGGACUUGAGGGACAAGAGAGUCGACCACUGGUACAACCUUCGAUAAGCCUGAAAGACGCGGUGGGAUGCAAUGAUAAGAGCCUCGAGCCUCGAAAAGCCCAACGUGGUGACUACUGGGUGCUUUAUAAUUACGUACCAAUGACGAUGUCAGUGAGUUGCUGGGAAACGAUAACAUAUACGACACACGGGGAUUACACCUUUCUGGACAAUCUUGAACCACUUUUGGAGCGAUGGAAGGCACCGGUAUCGAUUGCAAUGCAUGCACCGGGUAAUGACUUUCAGCCGACCCUCGACUCAAUCAAAUACUUGAGAAACUGCGGUAGUCCACUUGUCUCUCAACUCGUAACCUUUCACCUGUACUUCAGCAGCAAACACGUGCCUAAAGUGGUGCCACCGAGUGAAAAAGUCAUAGACGAGAUUUACAACUGCAGUCUAGGUGCACCAUGGGCUAAUCCUCAGUACACCAGUAAAAUGUACAAGAACGAGAAGAAACUUUUGUAUCCAGUUAAUGUUGGACGUAAUGUAGCUAGAGAAUCAGCAGUUACUCAUUAUUUAUUAGCCAGUGAUAUCGAACUUUAUCCGAGUCCUGAGCUGCCAUCGAAAUUUUUGGAGAUGAUUAGGCGACGUGAUCAGCCUACUUUGUUCAAGCCUAAUCCUAAGGUCUUCGUUCUAUCAAUUUUUGAAGUUGAUGAGAAGAGUUUACCUCCAAUCAAUAAAACAGCCUUGUCAAAAAUGUUAAAAUCAGGAACAGCAAUACCAUUCCACAAGAAGUUGUGCUCGAGUUGCCACAAUGUACCAAAAAGCAAAGAGUGGCAGGAGGCACCAGAAACUGAAGGUCUGCACGUAUUCCACGUGGGGAAGAGGACAGGUCCCUUCGUUCACUGGGAGCCAAUAUUCAUAGGAACAAAUUCUGAUCCUUGGUAUGACGAGAGACUGAGUUGGGAGGGUAAGAGUGACAAAAUGACACAGGGCUACGAGCUUUGUGUUCUUGAUUAUGAUUUUUUAAUUCUUGAUAAUGCAUUUCUCGUUCAUCGACCUGGAAUUAAAAUAUUCAAAAAAGAUCAAAGGAGAGAGAUCCUAACAGCUAAAACGAACGUUCUUAUAAGUAAAAUCAUUGUACCGGAGCUUAAGGUCAUGUAUGGAGUGAGAAAAGGUUGUGCUGUGUGAGAAAUUAUUUUUUUUCUGUCAUAUUUUUUCAUAUUGACUGAUUAAAUGAUGGGAAAACGUGAUAAAUCCCUGGAAUAUUCAACCUCACUAUCUGUCACUCCUGUUUGUUAUAAUUAAUUAUUAAUUAGUAUUAAGGUGGUUUUUCAAUACUCGAUUGGACGAAUUAAAUUGUCAAUAUAUUUUUUGUUCGUUAAGUCAUUAGAUCAUUAAGAAAGUGAUUUUAAAGAAAAGAUUCGAUUUUCCUUAUUUCUUCAUGACUUUUCCACUAGCGAAUUUUUUUUUCUUCUAGUUUUAUUGCUCUUUUGCUGCAUUUGUUUAAAAUACAAAAAAGUAUUCUGAUGCAGGAGAUAAAUAUCGUGAUGAGAUUAUGAUGCAGGAACUAAAUCAUUCUGAAUUUUGUGAUUCAUCAAAGAAUAUAAAUUCAUAAAGUUAAGUUAUCUUUGCAGUAAUAAGGUGUAAAUAUCGUUUUCAUGGAGUCCUUGUCUCUCCAAAAAGCAUUUCAUAAUAUUUUUCAAUGAUAUCACUAGAUUCAGAGUUGAAUGGAAUCAUUCGUCGUCACCAUUUCGAUUCAAUCCACUCUACCAUGUAAUAAUGAUGUAUUUGUUAUUUUGAUAAAGAAAAUAUGGGCCAAAAUAGUACGUUAAAGGAGUGACCAGUGUUCACGAGAAAGUCACGAUGGUCCAAUCGAGUACCGAAAAUUCUCAAGUGAAUUGAUGAAGAAUAAGAAAUGUCCAAGGAUUUGAUUCAGAAUUUAUUUCAAUAUACCUGUAAAUUGAUGGUUUAAAGUAUUAUGCGGUGAUUGUUCGUAUAGUAAUUUUCGUUGCUACAACGUUCACUCUCUGUCUGACCAUAAUUGACCAAUUGAUGAGUGCUAUCUGCUUAUAAACAUGAUGUGUUCAAUUGUUCGUUUGUUUGAAUUUACAAUUGACUUGAGAUUUGAGAGGAAAUUAAAAAGAUAUUAGUUUGGUAAAAAAUUUGGUUAAUUGUAUUUCAUUGUUUCUCAUGUAAUGGAAUGGAAUUGAAAUAAUUCCUAUCGGGAUAUAUCGUUCUAUCAAUUUCUCUAAUAAUCAUGUUUUAAAUUAUAUUCGUGGAACAGUGAUGAGCAACAGUUGAUUUAGAAAAUGCUAAAUAAACAAGUAUUCAGGUAUUAACAGUUUUUUUUUCGUCAGUCAGGACUGUUUAUGAAAAUAUUGAAUAUCCAUUACUUCUCAAAAUAUUAAAUGUAGAAGUAUUUGGUACUCGUACAUUUAUUAUAUACCGAAUGUCAUCAAAUUGUUCGUAGAACUGGCCGUAAAAAAUGUAAUUUGCUGCGUAAUUUACGAUAUUUCCCAAAACCUAGAAAAUCGAACGACAAAAAAUGUAAAAAGUUAUUGAAUAGAAUGUAAAUGCAAUCAGUUGCAACAGGGUAUUGGAAAAUUCAAUUUUCAUGAUUUUUUAAAGUGAUUUUAUCAAAUUUCCUUGGAGAUAUUUGAACAAUUGACACUGAAAGUUUAAAUCAGAUGAUGCAGAGUAAUAUGAUACGUAAAUAUUUAUUAUCGCCCAAAAAUGUGUUCUUCAAGUGCGUCCUUGCAUUUUCGGUCUCAAGCAUUUUUUUAGCUAGUGGAAUAAUAAUAUAUUACUGCACUAACUGGUAAAUGUAUUGUUUAGCGAAUGUGAGGUUUACUGACGGAGUCAAGGACGAAGUUUGUUAUCACAUCCAUUAAAAUGACAUUCAUCAACUUGUGCGUUCCUAUAUUUUAUUAUACGUGAGUUAUCCGCGAAUUUUCACAGGUAGUGUAAUAGUAAUCAAAAUAGUCAUGAUACUCGUGAAAAAUUCACAAUUUCCCGAUAAAAAUUGAUUGGCUUUCAGUCAUUAAAAAUCCAAUACGAACCAUAAAACUUACCACUAUAAAAAUUAUAUAUUUCGUAUUAAUUUUUGUCUAUGGGCGGUCGAAGAAAAAAUAAUUCUUUUUUUUUAAAUCGAGUUAAGGAUUAAGGGUGACUGGAAGGAAAUUAAUUGCAACAACUAAGGGAACUGUUUGUGUACUUAAUAUUUUCCAAUGUUUUGAGUACUAAAUCCACAUGUGAUUAGUAUUUUGUUCUUUCCUGAAUAGAAAAUAUUUAGAUAUUCAGGAUUUGGACAUCUCCUAAAUACGAACUACUUUGGUAUUCAGUAUCCAAAUCGGUAUUUAAAAUGAAUAAGUAUUUAUAUGUACCCAUGGCUAUUACGAAAUGAUCUUCCAUCAGAUUUUGGACCAUCAAAUGCUCUCAUCUCCUGUUCUCUAUCAUUUCACUAUUGAAUUACCUAUUAUUUUCUAUGUAAUCUUUGACUUGUAAAUAAUGUACACACGUGUGCGUCUUGCGCCUUCAAUAUUUAAAGAAAUUAAGAGAGUAAAAAUGAAGAAGUGGAAGAAAAAAACUACGAGAGAGUGAAAGAAUUGACUUUUCCUCCCGCAGAUGAUAACUGUGCCUUAUCGCCUCUGUCCUCAGUAUGAAUCAAUGUAAAAAGAAAGAAAAAUAAGGACCGGCUAAAAUGCUAAAGUGACUUGCGAUGUCUGAAUGUAUGUGUAAUCUAUUGCCAAGUUAUAUUUUUCAGUAUUUGAAUUAAUGAAGAUUAUUGAUGGAUGGGACAAUCGAAAAAAUCGAAGUAUUUGUUGGAAUCCUCUGAUUUUAAGGUUUAUAUGAAUUACUCAAGUCUGUGCAGAAUUGUCUCAUUAUUAGAAUUCUAUUCCAAACCCUACUUUCUGUUAAUACCUAGUUUUUAAAUCGUCAAAAUAAAUUUUUGACGAAAAUUAAAUUCUGUAAAAAAAAUUAUCGAGAUAUUGUUUUUUUCAAAUUGACGUACAGUUAUAAAAAAUUUAAUUUUCCCACUGAAUUAAUCCCAAAAUUGGAAUCCAAUUCAAUUGCACAUCAGUAAUGACAAAAAGUAUUCAAAGAACCAUUGUAAAUAAUUACUCUUAAAAAAAGAAUGUUUGAAGAACUGAAAGAGGAAUGGAACGAAAUAUGAGGAGAAAAUAAAAUGCACAUCUUUUGAAAUAAAUAAGAAAAAUAAUUAUUGACAAUUUA